AUGGCUGCCCCCAACGACAUUGACCAGGUCGAGAACCGGAGCCGGAUGCAGCGUGGCGACCUGUACUAUGCCUUCACGCCAGACCUGAUCGAGGAGCGGCGACAAUGUUCGGCAGCCGUGGCGGCGUUCAACCAGGCCUCGCAGCAGGACAGCACGCGGCGGCGUCUGGUCGAGCUCUGGAUGAGGAUCACGCACGACGACGGCGCGCUGCCAGCGGCAGCAGCCUCGGCCUCGACGGACGAGGCGCUGCUGGAGGACUAUCCCUGGGUGGAGGCGCCGGUGCGGAUGGACUAUGGGCACAACGUGCGGCUGGGGGCCAACGUGUACGUCAACGCCAACAGCACGUGGAUCGACACAUGUCCGAUUUCGGUGGGCGCACGCACGCUCAUCGGGCCCAACUGCUCCUUCUUUGCGGGCACGCAUCCGCUGGAUCCGGCGGUACGCAACGGCACGCGCGGGCCCGAGCUGGGCAAGCCCAUCGUGAUCGGCGAGGACUGUUGGCUGGGUGGCAACGUGAUCGUGCUGGCGGGUGUGACGAUCGGUGCCGGGUCGACGGUGGGUGCCGGCAGCGUGGUGACCAAAGACGUGCCACCGCGGGUGGUGGUGGUGGGCAACCCGGCGCGGCUGCUGCGCCCGAUCAAAAAAGGACGAGAUCAAGAUGACGAGCACACAGGCCCAACCCCAGAUAAAGGGGAUCCAUGUGGACAUCCAGAACGGGCCGGAGAUGUAGGCGGCGCCGAUGAUCAGGGCGACAAAGCUGCCGGCAAACACGGCCUGGAUUCCGGCCACGACGGCAUACGACACCGGGAUCGUCCAGAGGUAGCGCCAGUAGGCUGGCCGACCGGAGAAGAGCAGCUGGACCGACAGCGCGACGGCCGCGACGCCAAUGUGGAAGAUGGCGUACAGGAUCAGCGUCCACAGCAGGGUGAAGCGCCAGAUGUCGAACAGGUAGUAGAGGCUACCGGCGCUGUGCGUGUCCUGUGGCGGCCAGUAGAGCGACGGGAACGGUGGCGUCGUGUAGUUGUCGGGCGGUCGACUGUAUUUGAGAGGGUCACCACGCACGAUCGCGCCAUCAGCACGGACGAGAACAUGGUCGCCGGCGGCUCGCAGGAGGCCGGAUACGUCCUGGUAAUGAUGCUGGGGUUGGCUGGAAAACACGAUGCGCCAAUGUCAGGAGCUCGAACGGUUGUGCGCUUAUGGGGGUUCCAUUCUGUUGACACCAUGCGCUUAUGUGCAUGCUCAAGGGACCUCGGCAACACCAGGGCAACGAACGGAUCCCUUGCCAUCGCCCUGAGCAGCGCCGCGAUGGCGACCGAACCGUUGCUCCGCGCGACUCUCGCGCUCUACCACGAUGGCGGCAACCCGAACGCGGAGCGCGUCUUUGGCAGCACGGCCUCGCUGCUCUCGAGCCUGACGAAUCCGCUCAACGUCAGCCUGCUGACGUCGCACUUUCUCGCAGCGCCAGCUGUGUGGGGGAUGGCCGACGAUAGCGACAGUCCGACGGCGGCACAAACGUGCUACCGCGUCAUCAGCGUCUACAACACGGCCGCGAUCCACGUGCGGCGCCACGAGCUGGAGGACGCAGCCGCCGUGAAGCACGGGCUGACUGCACGGCUGCGGCACUAUGCCGGUUACGGGACGGCAGCAGCAGCAGAGAAACAGCCGCUCACGACGGACGCGUGGGCACAGGCCGUGGCCCAGGGCGCCGACGAACGAUCGCCGCGCUGGCGUCACCUGCUCGUGCUCACGGGCGUGCUGCUGGGCCUCGAGAGCGGCGGACGACAGUCGCUCUCGCGCGGACGACGAGCCGCGCUGGAGCAGGGCGUCGUGGCGGCAGCCAACCUGGCUCUGGCAGCCUCGACGACCCCCGCAACGGCCACACCGCUCGACGCCUACGCCGUCGUGCUCGGGCUCACGUACGCGUUCCCGCUGCUGUCGACACACGCGCGCGCCGGCCUGCACUGCGACCAGCUGCUGCCGACCGCCGUGGCCCAGAUGGCCGGCCCCUACGGCUUCCAGGGCGGCCACAUCCUGGCGGUCAUCGAGGCUGACCUGUCGUCCGUCUCGGCCGGCGGCAGCCAUCUGCACUGGCCGCCCACGUCGGCCUCGUUCCGCCAGCUGCAGCAGCUCGAUGGCCAGCAGCCGCUCGUCGCCAGCGCCGGCCCGGCAGCCACGCUGACCGCCUACACAGCCGGCCGAGCUGCUCCUGGAGCCGUGCUGCUCGCCCUGGACACGCUCGUCGCCUUUUCCGCCGAGCUGGCCCAGCGCUGGGUCGCUGCACGGCAGCUCGCCGCCGUCGACACGGCCACCGAGGCGGCUUGGCUUAGCCCUGAAACUAUCCAGGUCACGUGGCCUCAACUGUGGCAGCACCUGCGCAAGGCACUCUAUGCCGUCGUCGCCGUGCUGCAGGCCGUUGUCGGCCGCAGCCUGCUGGACCGCUCGCUCGCCGGCAGCAACGUGGCCGCACCGCGGCUCGCCGCCACCGUGCUGCAGGUCCUGCACGGCUUCUUCUUCGUGUCGUCGCGCCAGGGCGCCGACAGCUUCCAGGCCUACCAGUUCACCUAUCUAGCGGCCAUCGACCUGCUGGCACGCUAUCCCGACGCCGCGGCCGGCUUCCUCGACCGCCUGCUGGCCACAUCACCGCCCGUCGAGGGCACGCUGUCGCCGGCCGCCGCUAACCCGCUUCGCCUCACGGCCGACCUCUUCUACCUCAACGUGGCCGAGCACUUUGCUGCCGGGCUGUCGCCGGCCGCCUGCGACCGCCUGCUCAUCCAGCCGGCGUUGCCGUACGUGUCGCCUGCCACAGCUACAGCGACAGCGACAGCAACAGCCGUCUUCUCGCCGGCUGCGCGCGCCGUCUUUGAGGCCGCCCACAGCGCCAUGCUGUCGGCGCUGUCGUGUCCGCACAAUGCGCCGAUCGCGGCGUCGCUCAGCCCGUUUUACGCCGAGGCCCUGUUUGCCUCGUUUCCCGGCCGCAUUUCGGCUCGCCAGUUUCGCCUCGCCCUCAAGACCCUCAUUCAGAUUCUCUCGCCGCCUUUUCCCGUCUAUGCCACCCACCCGGACCUGGCUGAGACCCUGCUGGAGAUGGUGCGUAUCCGGGCGACAUCCGGCAGCGCCAGCACGGUGCCGCUACGGUUGGCGCCCGAGAAUACGGAGGCUGGUCGGGACGAUGAAAACGAAAACACGGCACCCCUCGUCUCUGAGCAGAGUGCGUUCGUGCUGACGCUCAUUGACGCGCUGCCGUUCCUGGCCCUGCCCGUGUUGCAGGACUGGAUGACGACGACGGCGACGACGCUGUGGACCAUUGGCGGCGAUCCGGCCCUGCGCCAGGCUGCCCAGCACCGCUUCUGGGAGGUUCUCGGCAGCGGCGAGAUGGACGUCGAGCGCGCUGCCCUCGGUGUCGCCUGGUGGGGGAACGGCGGCGGCUGCGCGCUCGUGCUGCAGGGGCCGGCCCUCGGCACACACAGAGUCGGAGGACCGUACGAGCAGCCCAUGAUGAGUGGCGCACUGCCCGACGGCCAGAUCCUGUCGAGGCUGUAG